AUGGCCAGCAAGUCGAGUCUUCUGAACACCUUGCCGACUAACCCACCAGCGCAGUUUCUGAAAGAGAUCACGGAUGGGUUCUCUGAUGCUCGAAAGCUUGGUGAAGGUGCAUUUAGAACUGUUUAUGAGGGCAUUCUGCAAGAUGGGGAGAAGAUUGCCGUGAAGAAGCUUUCAGAUAAUGCGCCGGUGGCACCUGAGAAGCAGUUCACGAUUGGGGUUGGGAAUCUUAUGGCCACGCAGCAUCCGAAUAUAGUGAGGUUACUCGGCUACUGCCAUGAACCACAGAAGAAAGUGAUCAAGCACAGUGGAAGAUACAUCAUUGUAGACGUGGUUGAGAGCAUGCUCUACUAUGAAUAUGUGCCUAACGGAAACCUUGACAAGUAUAUUUUCGCAAUAAUGGAGGCAUCCUCAUCCGCCUGUAAUCUGUAUGCUCUUCUCCAGGAUCCUUCCUGCACGCUGCAGCUAGGACUAGGAUCCUCAAGUGUUCUUCUCCAGAAGAAGCCUCGAUUUGUAGCAGUUCAGAUCCGUAGCCCCUUGCCUCCUUCAAGGUCAUCAGAAAUGGCGAACCUGCAGAGCCAGCCGAGUCUUGCGAGUACAUUACCAACAAACCUACCGGUGACCUUCAUGAAGGAAAUUACCAAGGAUUUCUCUGUUGACCGAGAACUUGGUCGAUCUGUUUUCGGAACAGUUUAUCAGGUUAAAGUUAAACAGGGUGUUCUUCCAGAAGGGGGCCGCAUGAUUGCUGUGAAGAGGCUUGCUGAAAACGCACCAGUGCCGGCUGGCAUAACAUUUGAAACUGAGGUUACAAAUCUUAUGGCACUUAAACACGAAAAUAUUGUAGAGCUGGUUCACUACUGCCAUGAGUCGCAGAAGAAAGUUGUUCAGCAUAAUGGAAGAUAUGUGAUUGUGGACGUCAUCGAAAGCUGUCUUUGCUACAAAUAUCUACCAAAGUUGAGUCUUGACAAAUAUGUUUAUGAUGAGCAAAUAAUGUACAAGUACCCAUUACUGGAUCCAAAUGGCCUUCAGCAAGUAAAAGCAUGCAUUAUAAUUGGACUAAAGUGUGUGGAGGCUGAUCGGAACAAGAGGCCUUCCAUAGCGGAUAUUGUUGAUAAACUCAAUGGGAAACGUGUACCAAUUUUUGACCAGGUCUCCCCUUCCCAGCAUGCAUGA